AUGGCUACGAACUUCCAGGGCGCCACUGGGUUAUCUCAGAGCGCUCAGAAAUACAGAAGCGGGUUGGCAGGACCCACCACUCCACAGCCGCCCGGGCCCCAGCCUGAUCCCGCUCCUCGCAGGCCGCGCCGGGGCUGCCGUCACCGCGCCGGGCUCCUCCUCGCCGUCCCGGCCCGGGCUCCUCCCUCGCCGCGGCUGCGCGCCGGGAGCGGUGCCGGGCCGAGGGGCCGAGCGGGGUCGAUGCUGCGCGGGGCCGCGCUGCUCCCCCGCGCCCUGGGCGGCGGCGGCGGCUGCUGUUGCUGCGCGGCCCGCGGCUGGGCGGGCGCGGCGGGCGGCGGCUCCCGCCCGAGGGCCGCCCCGGGGCUGCCGCCGGGCCGCGCCUGGGACCGGCCCGCGGCCGUGGCGGCGGUGCCGCUGGGCGCCCGCGGGCUGCGCUGGGCCGGUAAAUUGUACCAACAUGCCCCGACUGAGAGCUCCCAAGCCACCCUGGCCAGCGUGUCUCCUGUUUUUGCCGUGAUGAAGUUUGACAAAGAGGGAAAUACUACCUAUUUUGAAAAGAAGAAAACAGAAUUGUACCAGGAGUUGGGUCUUCAAGCUCGAGAUCUAAGAUUUCAACAUGUGAUGAGCAUUGCAACCAGGAACAACAGGAUCAUCAUGAGAAUGGAGUUCUUGAAGGCUGUCAUAACACCAGAGUUUCUUCUGAUACUAGAUUAUCGUAAUUUAAGUCUGGAACACUGGCUCCUCAAUGAACUAGCAUCUCAGCUGGCUGGGGAAGGUCAACUAGUCACAUAUUCCCUGCCCUUUGAAUUCCGAGCCAUAGAAGCAAUUCUGCAGUACUGGAUCAGCAAACUGCAGGGAAGACUUAACACUUUGCAGCCUCAGAUCCUUGAGACACUGGAAGCCCUAGUGGAUCCCAAGCUUUUAUCCGUGGAUAGGAGUAAACUACAUGUUCUUCUGCAAAAUGGCAAGAGCUUGUCAGAACUGGAAACAGAUGUUAAAGUCUUCAAAGAAACGAUUCUGGAGAUCUUAGACGAAGAAGAAGUAAUAGAAGAACUCUGUCUGUCUAAAUGGACUGAUCCACAAGUAUUUGAGGAGAGUACAUCUGGGAUUGACCAUGCAGAGGAAAUGGAGCUGCUGUUGGAGAAUUAUUACAGACAAGCAGAAGAUCUUUUAAAUGAAGCUCGUGAACUCAGAGUACUGAUUGACGACUCAGAAAGCAUCAUCUUUAUCAACCUGGACAGCCACCGUAAUGUGAUGAUGAGGCUGAACUUGCAGCUGACCAUGGGGACUUUCUCUGUCUCUCUCUUUGGACUCAUAGGAGUUGCAUUUGGUAUGAACUUGGAGUCAUCCCUUGAAGAGGACCCCAGGAUAUUUUGGUUGGUGACAGGGAUUAUGUUUCUGGGAAGUGGUCUGAUCUGGCGGCGCUUACUUUCCUUCCUUGGGCGGCACCUGGAUCCUCCGCUACCUCCUCACGUUCCUGCAGCUUUGAAAAAAUCCCAACCAGCAGCUGGAAGAGUGGACAUAAAGACCAGUCUUAAAGGAGAAACAUUUGGGCUGAGCAGAAGCACAUUAACAAACCAGUAGGAACAGCAGGAAUGAAGAGACUUCCGUUGUUACAGGGUGGACUUUGGACUCUUUCCUUGUAUUUGCUCUUCCUUACUGAAAACUGCAAGAAUUUCUAAACUUGCUAAUUUAAUAUAUAUUUUGUGCCAAAACCCUACAACGAAAUUUUUAAUGCUCAUGCACAUAAGGAGAGAAACAUGAGGGCAAAUAGCAAAAUGCUUUCUAUAGUAGUUUCACCUCCACCCCAUGUAUGUGCCUUUAGUUUUCUGUAUCACAUACAUGUACUUACUUUUUGGGCAUUCUCAUUUGUAGUGUUUCUGUCAAAUACUGCUUUGCUUAAUGGCCUUUAUUACAGAGAACAGAAUUUUUGGCUUAAAGAAGGAAGCAGUCAGAAUUUAUCAAUAAUUCUGGUUCUGAACUGCAGAUUUAGGAAUCUGACUUCAAAAAAAAAUCCAUUCCAAGAGUGACUUCCUGAAUGGAUUUUUAAGACCCUAUUUAAUUGCAGAGAACAGGUUUUCCAAAGCAAAAAGCAUACCUGCAUCUCUCAUGAAGCAUGACUUCUAGAUCGGAGGCAAUGAGAAAAAAGGAGCAAUAAAAGGCUUUGAAAUGUAGCUGCUAAUCUUGUAUGUUCCUUAACAAUUAAUUUAGGCUCCAAACAGCAGUUCUAGGAACAGGACAAGUGGGCCUAUGGAUAAUGCCCACUUGAGUUUUCCAUCUGAUACUGUUUCAACACACAUUGGUACAGCUGCAGUUUAACACCUCCGUGUCUUGUCAUAAUUCAAAUUCUGGUAAAAAUCAUCGGAUGGGUUGUUUGUUUUUCUUAAGGUAGGAUGUGCUUUCUCUCUUCCCUCCAAGACAAAGCAUGGACUAGCCUGCGCCACAGUAAGUAGCCAGGUUAGUUAAAGGUGUGGAAGCCUGUUGUCCUGUGAUAGGCUGCAGGAAGGAGUAAAAGUCUUAUGGCAACUAUUUCUGUUGUUCUUAGGACUUCUCUUUAAGGGUGUAGUUCUCCACUGGUUUCUCUCAGGUUGUAGAGGAAGCAUGAAAUGUGUCUAAAUCAUGUCACACUCUGUCCAUUUCUUCUUUGGGAUUUUUUAAUCUAUCUGUAAACACAGUGAGCUGCUCCUUAGAUGCUACCAUGUAAAUCAUUGUACUGGCAGGGUUGAAAAGACAGUAGCUGUAGCUGUGAAUAUUCUUCUCAGGACUAAUGAGUCAAAGAUGGAAAUAAAAAGGUUCUUAAAUUAAAGUU